GGAUGCUUCAGAACGCCACGAAGGACCAGGACAAGACAGAAAAGACCCUGACAGCUUGAACAUGAGCAACCUUCCCAUCAUGUACCUUCUCCUGCUUCUUCUUGGAUUCCAAGCCCCUCAGGCACAGGGGCGGCCCUUUCCGACAUACCAGCUGAACCAAUACUUGGCAAAGAUUGAUGAAAUUAUGCAGAUCUUAAACAAGUUACCCUUGCCUUCACAGGACCCCUUGGACCCAAAUGAGACAGAGAUCCUGAGGGAAAACACCCUUCUGAGGCCAAACCUGGAUGCAUUCUUAAAAGCUGCAGAAAAUUUCCAUGAAGAUGGACUGCUAAUCUGGAAAAAUCUUAAGGAAUUCCUGCCACUCCUGCCCACUCCCACACCCAGGGGAGACCCAAUCCAUAUCGAGGAGGAUAACUGGGUUGAUUUCCAAAGGAAACUGACUAAAUAUCUGGAAAUCCUUGAUAACUUUCUGACUUUCAAGGAGAAACACUGAGUCCUAGAAUUAUCCAUCUGAUACCCCUCCUUCUCUGGGCCUUCUCACCAUGGGGCCUUGGACAUCAAACACAGCAGAACAGCUAAAGAUUCUGGGAUAUCUCUCACAUAGUCCAGAACUGGAGGGAUUUCACUUUCUCCUGUGGAGUCAGAUGAAUUGUUAAUUAUCUGAUUUCUGAAAUGUGC